CAAAUAUACGCGUACGUAUUAACGCGAUACACUCUCAGUUGCUACGUCACGAGCUUGUAUGUGUGUUUUGCACCGCGAGUGGGGCUAUGUUGUAGCACUAGUCAACUGGAUGUCUGCUGCUGCUGCUGCUGCUGCUGCCGCUGCUACUACUUCUCGUUUUGAGAAUUCCGCCAGGCCGAGCCGAGCGUAGCAGCAGCAUAGAGGCGAGUAUUUUCUUCAGUUCGCAGCUAGCGCUCGUAACGGACUCUUUAAAAGCCGCAUCACCACCGGACGGAUACAUUGUAUAUAUAUAUAACACAAAACCUAUAUAUAUAUAUAAAACAUACACAGACAGCUUCUCCGUUUUUUGUUGUUAUAUAUUUUGUUUCUCUGCGCACACAUCGCACAGUACCUAUAUAGACAGAGACAGAGAAGGCGUGACUCUCCACCAGUGCAUUGAACGUGUCGUCGGGCAAUUUUCCAGCCAAGACUUUGUUGUACUCAGACACACUUGGUCUUCGACAGUGCUUCGACUUUGUCCAUACUUUUGGAUACUUGUGCAAACUCUACAUUACGUGAAAACUAUUUCGAUCGAGCCUCGAUCAACUUUAGCAUUUCUCUUGGAAAGCCAACAAACCAGCAUCAUCGACAAAAUGAAUUCCUACGGCACAGAAGUGACCAGCAACCCAACCACCACUGAAAACACCAGAACCAGCCUGCGCAGGAUCGCACGGCACGAUGAGCCCGUUUUCAGCAACGCCAGCAUCCUCAACAGCAUGGAGAAGUUCGUGCGCACCGUGAACGACAUGGAGGAGACGAUCCUGAUUCCAAGCCGCCUGUUGGACCUCGCAGUGGGCGACAGCUCCGACAAAGUCUGCGACAAAGUCAAAAACAAACACGGCUGCGGCAUCAGGGACACUUUGGCCAAGACAGACCUCUACCGACUCUACACAAUCGUUACCCAAAUGAAAACAGAUUUAUUGUGGUCGCAGCAAUCUCCUGUCAGUCACGAUGAUCAGACGGAAAUCCGACAGAGCAGCAUCAACAAACAGAGAGAACAAACGGCUGCAUCUCCAAGCCCGGUGGCGCAACAGCAAUUGGCGGCCCCCUCGGAGAGCGGCUCGAGUCCAGCCAACGGCGAGACCAACGUCGCCGCCGCCGCCACGACACAGCACCGCAGUCACGAGCGCUGCCCAUCGACGACGUCCAUCGACCGACACAGCCUCCAGUCCGGCUCGUCGGUCGUGUCGUCCAACUCGAACUCGGAUUCGGAGUCGGACAUCGGCGUCGACUCCGGCCUCGAAGGCGAGGAGCCCAGCGACCGCCUGGCCUACCUGGCCGCCGAGAACUUCAAACGCCACCUGCGCGGACUGCAUCGCAGCAUCAACCACAUGACCCAGGCGGCGUCUUACCUCACGCUCAGAUAUCAGUCCGACAUCGGUGGCGGACCGAUGUGAUGACACCCUCAUCGCUACGCUUCAUACCAUCAUCAUCAUACUGAAAAAACUACACAUACACAUAAAUAAUAUCUGAUGUUAUUGAAUGAAUGGAUCUUUCUUUUUUCACUCACUUUUUCGUCUUCUUCUUUCUUCAUGAAACAAACAAUAUGCAAUAACUGAUAACGCUAACUUUUAUGCGCGCUCUACGUCGAUUAUUGUUUUUCAAUUUCCUGCUGUUGCCUUUUUUUAUAUUGACUAUUCGUGCGUUUUAUAAGCACUGCGAGACAAUUUUCGUAACGCGAUAAAAAAAAUCGGGUAGCGAAAGCUUGUGAUCGAAUUUUUUAAGCGGACGCGAAAGUGCCUUUCAUCCUAGGUAUUUUCACGAUUGAUAAUUGUACUCGAACGUGUUUUUAAACUUCAUUCUAGUGUCUCGUUGUAUUAUAAUAUAAAUUCAUAUGUGGAGGGGGAUAAAUUUGACUGUUUCAAGUUUCAAACUUGUGUACUAAAAGCAUUGUACCAGAUUUUAAAACGGCCGUGUUUUCUUCCCUCCUAUAUUAUAAAAAAGACAAUUUUCCAUUCUGUUCUCUUUACGUAUGACGAUAAUCACGCGUUACAGCGUAUAUAGAAUCACGCGAAUUCCAUGUGUAAUUUCAAUGUUGAGAUGAAAACAAGAGAGCUAGGAACUUUUCUGAAUGAUUGCAUCUCGAGCAUGACAAUGACAUUUUCUUCUCAAUUUUUUUUUUAUUUUCCCUGUCGCUCUCUUGCUUUUGUUUAAUGUAAACAUUGCACUUUGUGUAUCAUGAUGUUUUAUCAUGCUCGCACGCGACCAAUCUCUGCUGGUGGUAAUCUCUUGUGAAAAUAUGCAUUGAUAACCUCUUGCGUGGAGGAUAAUUAUAUGCAGUAAAAAGUAGGAGGAAAAAAGCAAUAAUUAUAUCAACAACAGUCAAUGUUUGCAAUAAUUAUCAUUUGGCAAGACUGCUUGUGUAAUAUGUAUGUAAAAUAAUUU